ACAAACCCUCCAAACAUGUCAUCAAACACCGCCAUCAUUCCAACCUUGCCCUACGAAGAAUGCCGCGGCGUUCUCCGCGUCUACAGCGACGGCUCCAUCGUCCGCUCUCCCAAACCAAGCUUCGACAUCCCCGUCGACGACGACGGCUCCGUUGCCUGGAAGGACGUCGUUUUCGAUCCAACCAAUCAACUCCAACUCCGCCUAUACAAGCCCACUGUAACGACACACUCCCCCUCGUCGUUGUCCAAAAAGCUCCCCAUCUUCUUCUACAUCCACGGCGGCGGCUUCUGCAUCGGCUCGCGCGCUUGGCCCAACUGCCAGAACUACUGCUUUCAGCUUGCUUCCCAGCUCCAAUGCGUCGUCGUUGCACCUGACUAUCGCCUCGCGCCGGAACACCGCCUCCCGGCUGCCAUCGACGAUGGCUUCGCGGCUAUGAAGUGGCUUCAAGCCCAAGCCGAGGCUGACAAUCCGGACACGUGGCUGACUGAUGUGGCGGAUUUUGGGAACGUGUUUGUUUCGGGUGACUCGGCUGGCGGGAAUAUUGCUCAUCACUUGGCGGUUCAGCUCGGGGCCGGUUCGGUUGAAUUGGGGCCGGUUCGGGUGAAAGGGUAUGUACUUUUGGUACCGUUUUUUGGUGGGACGGUUUUGACUAGGUCAGAGGCUGAGGGCCCCAAAGAAGCCUUUCUCAAUUGGGAGCUCAUUGACAGGUUUUGGAGGUUGUCAAUACCAAUUGGAGAGGACAGAGAUCACCCACUUGUGAACCCAUUUGUGCCAAAUAGCCGGAGCCUAGAAGGAGUGGCUUUUGAUCCGAUCCUAGUGAUUGUAGGUGGAAGCGAUCUGCUCAAAGAUCGAGCUCAAGAUUACGCAGAUAGGCUCAAAAAUUGGGGAAACAAGAUUGAUUGCGUGGAAUUUGAAGGACAGCAUCAUGCUUUCUUCACCAUCCAACCCAAUUCCCAACCUGCAAAGGAGUUGAUGUUAUUCAUCAAACGAUUCAUUGCUCAAAAUUCCACUUGCUGCUAAGACAUGCAUUGCAGCUAUGGCGGCCAUGGAUCUAAGAUUCUAAAACAACAAAAAAGCUUUAUAGUUGUUGGACAUUUGAUAAACUAUUUUUUUAAAGGGUUGUGAGUAUGCAAAGCAGUGUAAAAAUGUUUGGUAAAUUUUAAUGUAAAAGUGAUAUAAUUGUGAACCCA